AUGAUCAACCAAUCGCCUGUCGCUCUGCAGGAGCUCUGUGCGUCUCCGCAGUUCAUUGUUAACGGAGCUACGCGCCUGGACUUCCGCCAGGGAAAACUCAAUGACUGCUGGUUACUUUCUGCCAUCGCCUCUCUCUCCGUGCACCGCUCCCUGCUCAAAAAGGUCAUGCCUCUAGAACAGAGCUUCCAAGAAGGAUACAGCGGCUGCUUCACCUUCAAGUUCUGGCAGUAUGGUCAGUGGGAGGAGGUGAAGGUAGACGACCGGUUGCCUACUCAGGACAACAGUCUGAUCUACCUCAGCUCUCCAGAGAGACACGAGUUCUGGAGCUCCCUGCUGGAGAAGGCCUAUGCCAAGGUAAAAGGGGGCUACAGAGCUCUGGACAUGGGCUUCCCUCAUGAGGCAAUGGUGGACAUGACGGGGGGGGUGACUGAGACUUUGACCGCUUCCCAUCUGACCAGAGACCCCCCGGCCUUCCUCAGCCAGCUGCUGGCUAAAGGAGCGCUCAUCAACUGCGCCAACUGCCAGGGUCCUUUGGAGCAGAAGAAUGAACUAGGCAUCAUGUUCAGACAUGCCUACUCUCUGACUGCAGUAGAGAGGGUCCAGACAGCACACGGCACAGUAGAUUUAGUAAGACUCCUCAACCCCUGGGGCAACACCGAGUGGGAGGGGCCCUGGAGUGACAUGCAAGGUCCUGAGUGGAAAUCAGUGAGCGUGGAGGAGCAGAGCAGGCUGCAGAGAGUGAGGCGGGAGGACGGGGAGUUCUGGAUGUUGGUGUCGGACUUCCAGCAGAACUUUGAGACGCUGGAGGUGUGUCACCUGACUGAACCUAUAGAUGAACGGGGAUCCAGCGUGCCGUGGUGCAGCAUAAUGCAUCAUGGGAACUGGGUGCCUUACAUCUCAGCAGGAGGCUCUGCCAAAGAAGGUUCCUUCUGGCAGAACCCUCAGUUCUACUUCACCCUGUCGGAGGUGGACAGCAGCACAGCCAGCACUCAGAAAACAUGCUCCUUCGUGUUGGCUCUGAUGCAGAAACACCAGAGACGCAGGGGCGUUGACCUGAAUAUAGCCCUGCAUAUAUUCCCGGCUCACCCUAAGAACACGUAUCUGUCUCCGGAGGACCUGAGUGCCCAGCGCCCGGUCCUCUGCAGCCCCAGCUACUCCCGCCGCAGGGAGGUGGUCCUUCGAGGCACCCUCCCCCCGGGUCGCUACAUCAUCAUCCCCUCAACACAAGAGGCCAAUCAGCAGGGAACGUUCCUGCUGCGGGUGCUGACGGAGAAGGGCAACGCUGCCACUCCAUCCCACAGACCACCACUAGAAAUCUCUCCAGCAACAGAGGUAAGAGACAAAUCCAUCACUAAAUAAAAUAUAACGACCCCCAGGGAGCACAGAACUCCACCAAGGCCAGUGGUGCAUUCAUGUGAACCUUGGAAGUUUUCCUGACCUACAGCUUUAUACUAACACCACAUGAAUGCAGAACAAAUGCCCUAUGUUGCAAUGUCAACAAGGGUCAAAUAUAGUUUGUGUAUCCAAAAAAAACAGAAUCAGACCUUCAGAUUCAGAAGUGAACAUAAAUGUAGAAAUACU